AUGGCUGCAGUCACCGUGGACAAGAUCCGAUUCUAUCAACCUUCAGAUCACCUCGAGUGCAACCAAGCUACAAAGCCCGAAACUCCCCGCAAUCUCCACACACCCCAAACCCGCAGCACCCGCUUGCGUUUUCACUUCCCUAUCCUGUCCCUCACAGCAGCUCAGACACCUUUGGCCCCCCGCCUCUUAUCCUCUGUUAUGUCUCCCAUCUCUUCUCACCCUGCAAGCCAACAGUCCCAGCCACCUGAAACUCCAGAAAAUGACUUUGACAGGAUUUUGGAGAAGAUGUCGUUGGACGACGGGAGCCAACCACUCGGCGGGAACCGAAGAAAUACCGACGAGGACACCACCAUCCCCUCUGGAUUGAAUCAGAGUGGUUUUUCCAGCGACCGCCUUGGCAUGCCUGUCGAGGCGGACACAGCUGCGGAAAGUGCCACUGAAGCCGGCCUUCACACAUGCCGGUCAGGUGGAAGUAGAGAUCUGUCUCUAGACUUGCUCACGAUACGCGUUUUCGAUCCGCUAACUUCGGCCCUAUUUCAGAUGGCCACAAGUGAGUCGGCAGGUGGACAGACUUCUUCGCCACCGCUGCCUGCCCGCGAGGCGCCCACCGAUCAAGGUGACAAGCUAGACCGGAUAGCGGACGAUGAUGGAGCUUUAUUGACUUCCUAA